UAUGAGCAAUAGCAGCGAUCAGGUCCUUGCAAAGCCAGCCGAUCUUUGCUGCUUGAAAGGAUCUUUCUACUCGGGGGAGCCGCAAGGGAGGACCGAGCAGAUAAAUGGCAUAGACACAUAUAUCGCUACACCCGAUCCCAAGACUGCGAAUGGCAAUGUCUUGCUAUAUUUUCCCGAUGCCUUUGGCUUGCAUACAAACAGUCACCUUUUGAUGGACGCUUACGCCUCUUGCGGUUACUUGACUCUGGGUGUCGACUAUUUCCUUGGCGACGCUGUAUCGAAGUACACCAUGACACCACUCAAUGACCCGAACUUCGAUCUCAAAGCUUGGAGCGAGAAGCAUCUAAAAUCUUCCGAGGAAGUCGCUUCGAGAUGGGCCACGAACGUGAUGGAGAAGUACGGAAAGUCGAAAGCUGCAAAAUUCGCAUGUGUUGGUUACUGGUCAGUAUCAGGCUUGGAAUUUUUGCCGAUUUGGGGUGCGCGCAUUGUUUGUCAACAACUUUCCAGAGACGGCGUCUGCAAAGUGGGAGCAAUGGCUCAUCCCUCUUUCAUGAACGAAAGUCACGUUUCUGGUGUUGAUGACUCGUUGUUCCAACCCGAGCAACGUGCCCGAACAGUUGAGAUUCUGACCCAGGGUGAGAAGAGCUUCAACAUGCAGAUAUACUCAGACGUGAGUCACGGUUUUGCGACGCGAGGCAAUCUGUCUGACCCUUACGAGCGAUGGGCCAAGGAGCAAUGCUUCAAGAGCUUUGUUGACUGGUUGGAUCACUGGCUGUCUAAAUCG